AUGCGACCUCUAGUCCUCAGAGGCCAUCGCAGGCCCUUGACGUGUGUCAAGACCAACAGAGAGGGAGACCUUUUGUUCACCUGUGGGAAGGACGCGAGUCUGCUUCUCUGGAGGACCGACAAUGGGCAGCAGAUCGGGCAGUACAACACUGGCCGUGGUGCCAUAUGGGCGUGCGACGUCACUGUCGACUCCAAAAUGCUCAUCGCCGCGACCGGUGACGCCAGGAUCCUGAUCCUCGACACCUUCACGGGGGAGAUGAUCGCGGACAUAAAGGACGAGGGUGCCUGCAAGUACGUCGAGUGGAACCGCAACCCGCAGAAGCAGGACAAGUUUGUCAUGAUCCACGACGACUUCGGAGAGUCCGUGUUCAUGGCGCUCAAGGUCUACAAGCUUGAUUUCGAGCAGACGGAGGAAGGCGGUCUGGCCGUUGAACAUCGCAUCCUGUGGACACAGAGGGGCUACAGAUCCAGAGCCAUACAGUGCCACUGGGGGGCCUUGGACAAAGACGUCAUCACCUGCCACGAGAAUGGCACGAUACAGGUAACGCACGCUUUACACGCUGGCAAGGGCGCUCAGGUCUGGGAUGCCGAGAAUGGCACCAAUCUCCACGUCAUCGAGGCCCACACGCAGACUGUCACGUGCAUCUCGUUCGACCUCUACGGGCUCUUCAUGCUGUCGUGUUCUUCGGAUGGUACCGCGAAGCUCUGGGAAACUCUGAACUGGACCACCGUAAAGAACUACAAAACUGACCGCCCGCUGAAUGCGUGCGUCAUUUCGCCGUGUUUCAAGAUGGAUCGUGUCGAAAAGGCACACAUAUUGCUGGGAGGAGGGCAGUCGGCCGACGAAGUCACAACCACCGCCGCCUCCGAGGGUAAAUUCCAGGCGCUGCUGCACCACCUGAUACACGAGGUUGAGAUUGGGAGCAUCAAGGGGCACUUCGGUCCCAUCAACACCCUGACGUUCCUGGCGGAGGGUAACGGGUACGUCAGCGGAGGAGAGGACGGUAACGUCAGGAUAUACCACUUCGACAAGGACUAUAUCCUGGACAAGUACGACUGA